AUGAACCGGUUUAAUUAAUCAGAUAAACAACUAAGUGAUACAUGCUCUCUAAAUAGUUCCUCUUCGUCAUCUUCCGAUUAGCCAAUCUCUGAAUCGGAAGAGUAAACUAAAGAUCUCACUAAUUUAAGAUAAACUAUUUAUAAUAGAAGCAAUCUUGUUAAGCAAUAUCUUUAAAACAGAUAAACAUAAAAACUAAAUAAUAAAAAUUAGAGCGAUAUUUACUCAAAAGUAUAAACAAAUAAAAGUAAUUUAUCAUUUAAUGGUAAGCAAAGUGCACUUUAACAAUUCUUACAGGAUAAGGAUGUAAGUUUAGCAGAUGUUGGAAGAGUUUAUGAAAAAACUAAUUACGGUAAAUGGAUGACAAACAUUUAAAAAGAUGAUAUAUACUAAGAUCCAUUAAAAAAAAAGAAAAACUCUUAGAUACUGAAAGAAUAAUAAUUAGACAAUUUAAUUUAUAAUAGAGCUGUAAGAUCAUAAUCAAGCGUCUCUGAGUAUUAUAACAGAAAGCUCUCUUCUAUGAAUGAUUAGCUAAAAAUUAUGAAAGAAAAAAUAUUAAAAGAAUAAAUUCAAAAUUACAGCUCUUUAAUUCAUGCAAAAGGGAGUAUAAACAGUCUAAAGUAAAUGAGUUAAUAAAAUAAAGUUGAAAUUAAAAAUUAUUAAGAUGAAAUUAUGAAUAGAUGCAAUAGAGUAGACAGCUACUUUAACUAUAAAAAAAAUCAUAACUUUCUUCCCAAAAGAUCUUCAAAAUCAUUUUCUUUUACAAUUCAGCAAGACCCAAAUUAGAACAAAAAGGCUACUUCACAAGAUAAGAAAAAUAUAAAUACUGAACAAAGCCAGCAUGAUAUAUCAACUAUUAAUGCUACUUCUGUUUUAAUUAAUUAAUCACAAUUAAUGGAAGAAAGGUCUAUUCAAAGGCAAAGUUUGAAUAAGGAGUAAAUAAGAGAAUCUUAAUAAUUUGACAACUUUCCUUCAUUUAAUUCGAAGGAAAUUUAAUGCUUUUCUCAAAAAAAUGACUCUCAAUCACCUUUAAAUUAAGAAAAAACUGAUAUCAGUAAAUCAAUCCUUGUUUAGCUUAUCAAAAGACAGAAUCAACCUUACUUAAAUUAAAACAGUAAAAAAAACUAAGAAAAAAAAGUUUCAAAUUAAAAAGAAAAAUAUUUAGAUGCUGAUUUCUCUCUUUCUCCCAUCAAAGAAAAUGUCGGCAAUACUUAAACAGAUAAUAGAACAAAAUUUCCUUAAUUAAAAAAUGAAAGAUCUUUACCAGAAAAAAAAAUAGUUAAGGGGUUUAACAAGGGACUUGGGUAAAAUCAAAACCAAAAGCUAUAAAAAAAAGAUAUAUCAUUAUCGCCACCUCCUUCCAUAGGGCUUAAUAGCACUUUUGCACCUGCAAGCCCUAGUUUAAGAAGUGUCUCUGAUAAAAAAGGUAAUCGUUUAGCAUAAUAAAUUGAGAGAAAAAUAAAUAGAUUAAAAAAAGUUCAAAGAAUGAGUUAGCUAUAGGUUAAUGAAAAUAGCCCAUUUUAGUUUGGCUAAAGUGUAUUUAAUUUACAAGAGUAAGAAAAAUAAAAUGUUUUUUAGUCAUCACUUCUGAAUAAAGGAGUCUUUUCUAGCUCAAACAAAGCUAGAUUAUCUAAAUAGUAAAUGGUUGGAAGAAGUAGCUUCUAGGAUUUUACAAUUGGAACUUAAAAUUAGCAAAAUUAAAGUAGAAACCUCAUUAAAGAAGAAGAUGAUGAUGAAAAAGAUGAAACAUAUAUUAUUGGAUUAAAAAAUAACGAAAGUAAGAGGGGAAGUGUAAAUCUUUUAUAAACAUCUGCAUCCCAAGAAAAAUUAAAAAGUAUAAAUUACAACAAUGCUAACUAAAAAUAGCUUAAAUCUCAGUGUUCUAUCAACUUACACGAAGACCUAAAUAAACAAAAAGACACAUUUAAUAUCUAAUCUUAAUUUGAAAUUAAAGACUAAAUCAAUGAAAUAUAGCUUAUCAGAAGAGAUCCUCUUGAAAAACACAAAACAGGAAAUACUUAACAAACUCAAUUCUCUUUAAGUUAAAAUAUUAUGAAAACUAGUCCUUCAAAUUCGCCCUAGAAUAGAAUCAGAUUAAACUCAGAAGUAUCUCCUUCAUAAAAAAACCCCAAGCACCUUUAAUAUUCAGACAAUAAAUAAAAUUAAAAUACUCUGAAUUUAUCAGAUUUUCUCAACAAAAGCUUUUAGUCUAGGCAUAGAAGUGUAUCAAAUAAUAAUUUUAACAGUCCAAUGUUAUAGAAUUAAAUUUUAUAAGAAGAGUCACAUAAACUUAAAGAGUAAUUGCCUGAUAUUACAAAUUAGUUAAUAAAGGCUAUAGAAGAAGAAUAUGGAAAGAAGGAAAGCACAGAUGUUCUCUAUUUAUUUUAUUCAUAAUUACUUUAAGUAAUACAAAUAGAAAUUAAUGAUAUAGAUUAAAACUUAAAAUUUAAGUGGGAUAAAUAGCUUUCCGAAAGAAAAAAAAUGCUUAGCCAAAAAUAAACUGUAAUUAAAGGUAUGCAAAAUCUAAUAUUAAGCUGCUGUCAUGUAGAUGAGGAAAUUAAGAAUGGAAAUAAAUAAAUUCAUGAAAUGAAAAAGAAAGAAAUUGGACAAAUAAAAAAUAUUGACUUCUAUUAUGAAAUUUUGUAACAGCAUGAUUUUCCUGAUGAAGAAAUAGGCAAAGUAAUCCUACAAAUGAAGCAGGUUGAAUAAAUUAGAGAUAAUGCAAAUGCAAACCAAUUCGUAAAAGAUUAUCGUUUUAACACUGUAAAAGAUUAAAUGGAUUCUAGUAAAAUCCUUAUGCAAGCUGAUAGAUAAGAUAGAUCUAAAAGGGUCAAAGAAUUUAAUCAUUAAAGGAGACUAAGACACAUUUAAAAAUUACAAUGA